AUUAAUCAUGCCCAAGUGAUUUUGUGCCGAAAAUUACAUUUUUACCCCAUGGAAAAUAAAUAAUAAAGUCAUGCCAUUUUUUUGCUUUGUGAAGCUAAAAAGGAAUAAAGUUCUAAAUUCGCUACAGCACUUUCUCAUGAUUAGGUAUGUGUGAUGUCAUUUCUGAUCCCAAUGAUAUAAUUUUUUCCCUAGAAUCUGUUUGACUUUCUACAAGUAUAUGUACCAAGUUUUUUAUCACCUAAGUAUAAGUUGUUCAAGAUUUAUGGCCCAUGGGCACUUUUAUGCCUUCAUACAUAUACUGACAUUCGUUUAAAAAGGAGAUUAACUUAAAUGGCAUUUUUCAAAGGAAAAAAAAUGAAUGCUAGUAAAUUUGAGGAUAUUUUUGAUGAAAUGUAUAACUUACCUUGUGUAACAUUUACCUUUAGAUAAUAAUUGCGAUAACACUUUGACCAACAAAAUGGGUGAUAUUGCAAUGCAGUUAAAAUUGACUCGCAAAGGUCAGCUAAAAUAUAGUUCAGGUUCUUGGAACCCUGUUGAAUGGCGUGAGAGUAGACCACAACCUAGUAUCAAAAUUCCACCUUUCGCUAUCCAGAGAAGAUCAAAAGUAUUGCAUGGAAGUAAUGAACAAGAAAGUUUGAAACAUCAAAAUUACAAGGAUUAUUUCUCCCCCGAAAGAAGAGAAGUUAAAUCACAGCAUGUUGUAAAACCUCGGAUAAAGAAAACAGAAAAACAUAAAUCAAGACUUCAGCCUAAUGUUAGCGUACUAUCGUGCAGUGAUGACGAUGGAAAGACACGUGAUCUUGACAAGGAGUACGAUGAAAUGUUAAAACGCAUGUCAGAAAUGCGAAUGCGCAACAUGGAACAAAAACUUAAAACGUUCGAUCGGGAACACUCAGUGCGAUUAGAAAAUAUCGAUAAAGACAUGGUACAAAAACAAACAGUUCAAACGAAUUCCCUUCUAGUUGAACAGAGCAUGCAGCCGACUGACGAAAUAGAACACUACGAAGCCUUGAACCAACGCAAGAAUGCAAAUGUCGUUCAAAACAUUCAAAACGUUGAUCGAAAAUUGCAAGGCAUUCAAAUCCAAGCGAAAGAGCACGAAGAACGGAAGAGAGAACGGACGCAGAAAGUCAAAUCUUUGACUCAGUAUAUCGAGCCGAUUAAUAAAAUUACAGCGAGAGUUAAAGGAAUUGUAAACGAGUUCAAAACUGCAAAUUUGACGUUACCGCAGAAUUUCACUCUGUUGCUCGGCCAGGUCUCGAAAGAAUACAAUGAAUGUAUGACUGUGUUCUCGAAAGCGCUCAACAAAGAUCGAAGUGAAAAUUUAGACGCUUGUAUUCAACAUGUAAAUGGAAAAUAUAAAACUUUGGAGAAUCUAUUAAAAGCUUGUGAGAAGCAGAGCGUUGAGCUGAAGGAGAAAGUUGCCGCGGAAGAAAAAGCAAAAAAGGAAGCUGCUGAAAAGGCGAAGCAAACAACAGCCCUAGCUACGACGCCUGGAGCAGUCGCAAGCACUGGAGCCGCUGCAAGCGCAGCAUCUGCAAGUUCCAGCCAAGUACUUACGCUACCGAAAAAUCUGUCAAUAGCAACCGCUGCACCCGAGUUAGCAUCCUUAGAACCAACACUUCGAGCAGUUCUAAGUAUGUGUUGUCCCAAACCUGCUUUUUUGGAAUACCUUCGUUUGAAGAAACUCCUUGCAGACGUGGAAAAGCAACAUGAACCGCUAAAUAAAUCAACAGAAAAAGCAAAAAAGACUUAUAAGUUUGAUUUAUACAAGGUUGUCAAUACUACUAUAAAUGCAGUAUCAGAUGAAAGCCCAAAGCAUUUGCUGGAUAAAAUUAUAAAGAUGAACAUGUUAUUGACUGGAAAAGAUAUCGAAACAUCAGGAAAGAAUGUCAACACAAGAGGUAGCAAUGAAGCCUUGCUACUUUGUAGCGACCUACUUGCCAAAAAGCUGGUGUUGCAAGGUGAAUCUCAAGUAUCGUCGUCUUUUAAGACGGCCUUUCCCAUCGCUGCGUUCACGGUUGGAGUUUGGACUUUAUUUCCUGACGUUGGUGACCUACUUCUUGCCCAUUUCUUUUCUAAAUGCCCAUACCUUGUCCCAUUCUACCAUCCCAAAAGCAAAAAUAUGUCGACUGUGGAAUACUGCAAACUGGUUGGCUAUGAAGUAAACGGCCAGGAAGUGGAAUCAGAAGAUAAAUAUUUGAAAAAGAUGUCGGGUAUUGUGCGUUUGUACGCCGCUAUUCUGCAAACCGACGUUCCUUCUCAACUUGGUAAUAGAAACCACCCUCACGGUUUACAAUAUGGUUGGACCUGGUUUACACGAAUGCUGAAUCUUGAACCCAGACCGUCCGUCACUGCGACGAUUUUGUUUGAUUUUCUGGAAGUUGCCGGGCAUGCUAUGUUGAAGAGGUAUGGGAAACAGUUUAAAAAACUUUUGCUGAUUCUUUGUCAGGAAUAUUUACCAAAGAUAAUGGACGUGACGCCGGCUAACUCAAAAGCUACCGUGAUAAGGUUGAAAAUGUUUUUGGACACUUGUAUCAAGGAAGGUCGUAUAAAAGAACCGGAAGGCCGUAUAAGCGCUCAGUGGUGGUCAACGUGAUCUUAUUUUCGAUGCCGGUACAUUGUUGUGUUUUCGAUAGCGGUGAAUUCUGUGUUUUGUUGUGUUUUUAGUGCUGAUAAAUUGUUGUGUUUUCGAUGCUGGUACAAUGUUUUCAAUGCUAGUGCAUUAUUGUGUUUUGUCUUAAAAAACAAUGACAUUGCUAAUAUGAAUUGAUUAAAUUUAUUCGUCCUGAAAAAAACUGUUUCCUACUUUAAAAA